UCCCACAAGCUACGAACCAAACCGACGGGAGAGACGCCGGAGUUCGCUAGAGUGGAAUUCGUCGAUCAACUCAGACGGAAACAAGAGGAACAUCGCCGGAGUCCUUCGUUGGAAGUUUUACGCCGAUUCGAGGUAGGGAUCAAGGAUUGGAUGAGGAGCAGCCUAGAGGACAGUGAAGCGUGACGCUGGUGGAUGGCCUGAGCUGUUUGAAAUUGAAUAAAAUACUUGUUGACUUUUAUUUUGUUAAACUACAGGAAUGUUUGACGAUGUUGUUUUAAAGCUUCCGUAUCGUUUCAAAUAUUUACUCCGAUUAAAUGAUGAAUUGUUUUUAAAUAAUUAUAAAUGUUCGCUUUACUUCUAAGUGUUUAAAAAUAUUAUACAUGUGAAUACCAAAUUCGUAACAACCCGAUUCGCUAACUCGUGGUUUCGGGUUACGCAGGUUGGGGUGUUAUAGGCCAUGCACACUUUGGCCAUGCAAUGAUACAAAUGUUUUCUUACAACACACAUGGACUACUGAAUGGAACUUCACCAUCGCCCAACGAUCGGAAGCUACCAUUACAGGCUAUUCUUCACUGCCAAACCUCCCAAAUGGGUGAUGGUCACGGUACUCAAGUACCUAUUAGCCGUACUGAGCUACCGUGCGGCGGUACCUCAGUACUGUGACCGUCUAAGCAGGUGUAACAGAUCAGUUUUCAAGUUAGAUGAGCUGGGUGUUGAAAUAGCAAGGAUUGCAGUCCCGGCAGCACUUGCUUUGACAGCUGAUCCUAUUGCAUCUCUAGUCGACACAGCUUUCAUAGGCCAAUUAGGUUCAGUGGAACUUGCUGCCGUGGGAGUUUCUAUUGCUGUCUUCAACCAAGUCUCUAGGAUCGCAAUCUUCCCCCUUGUCAGUGUCACUACCUCUUUCGUUGCUGAGGAAGAUACUAUUGUUAAGGGAAAUUCAGUUCCUCAAGACCCUGAAAGCUUUGACAUUGGUGGAUCAACGCCGGGCUGUGAAAGCAAUAAGUUGAUACCUCAAAAUGGGUUCACUGAUGUUAAAACCCGCAUAGCAGUACUUUGCAUUGAGGACACAAAAACUCCACUUUUUGCUACUGUGGUGGGAGAUUUAACAAACAUAAUUUUGGAUCCUAUUUUCAUAUUUGUUCUCGGGCUCGGUGUAAGAGGUGCAGCACAUUCUCAUAUCAUAUUUCAGUACCUUAUUUCGGUCAUACUUUUUUGGAGAUUAGUGGAGAAAGUUGAUUUAAUCCCCCCUAGUCUCAAAGAUCUGCAAUUUGCUCGAUUUCUUAAAAAUGGUUUUCUGUUAUUGAUGAGGGUGAUAGCUGUUACAUUCUGUGUAACCUUAGCUGCAUCGUUAGCUGCACGAUUGGGACCGACACAAAUGGCUGCAUUCCAGGUGUGCUUGCAGGUUUGGUUGGCAACAUCUCUUCUAGCUGAUGGGUUGGCCGUUGCAGGACAGGCAAUACUAGCAACUGCAUUCGCAAAGAACGAGUUCAGUAAGGCAACUUCUACUGCAUCCCGUGUGCUACAGCUCUUGGGCUGAUCCUCGCUGUGUUUCUUGGAGUUGGUUUACAUUUCGGAGCGAGACUGUUUACAAAAGACGCUGAUGUCAUCGCUCUUAUUGGUGUUGGCAUCCCGUUUGUUGCAGCAACUCAACCAAUCAAUGCUUUGGCCUUUG